AUGCGUUGGACACCCGCAGCCUCAAGUCCGUCGUUAUCGGCUUUUCCAGAAGCCUCCUCUGAAAUCGACUCUAUAAUCACUGUUAUCAACGGUUUUGUCGCGGCCAUAAGCGCUAAGAGUCCAGUCGAAUUCGAAAAAUACUGCGUGCGAGCAGGGGGGAUGUCUUUAUGGCCGCCAGAGCCUACUCUUCCUCGUUUCUGCACUAUUGGCACUUUCGUCGAGCGGGUUGCGCAAAUCGAUCACGACAUUGACGAGCGAAUCUGGGACCCUGAAGUGAAGAUAUACGAUUCAGGAAGCCUUGCAGCUGUCUGGGCACCUUUUCGAGCAAAGAUAAACGGAGUCGUGCAUCAUGUGGGUGUCGAGCUUUUCAUCUUGCACAAGCUCAAUGGAAAAUGGAAAGUGACUGGCCUGGCAGAUUCAUGCCGACGGCCAACAGAAGAGGAAAAAAUAGUGCUUCUGUAGCACAGCCUAAGGAUUAAUGUUGGAGAUGCUAUAUUAUAGCAGCAUAAGAGGGAAAUGGUGGAGAUUGAGCUCAAUGCAAGUGAAAGGGAUAGGUCUCUCUAGGAAGGUGCAGUUUGGAAGAGAAAGAAAUGAGAUGUCUUUGAAUCAGAUAUAAAUAUAAAUAU